ACUCCCGGCAUCCACCCAGAGCUGAAGCCGGUGCGCCUCCGUCAACGGACGGCAGAAGCAGCUGUGACAGCACCGAGGACAGACGUACGCCACCAUGAGGGAAAUUGUGCAUCUCCAGACCGGCCAGUGCGGCAACCAGAUUGGAACCAAGUUCUGGGAAAUCAUCAGUGAUGAACAUGGCAUCCAGCCAACGGGGGAGUACACUGGUGCCGAUAAGGACCUGAUGGAACUGCAGCUGGAGCGCAUCAAUGUCUACUACAAUGAGGGCAACCAGGGCAAGUACGUGCCUCGUGCCGUGCUCGUGGACCUGGAGCCCGGCACCAUGGAUAGCGUGCGGGCGGGGCCUCACGGGCAACUCUUCAAACCCGACAGCUUCGUCUUCGGUCAGAGUGGUGCUGGGAACAACUGGGCUAAGGGACACUACACAGAAGGCGCUGAGCUCGUAGAUUCAGUCCUCGACGUCAUCCGCAAAGAGGCAGAAAAGUGCGAUUGUCUCCAGGGCUUCCAGCUGACCCACUCUCUCGGCGGCGGCACCGGCUCUGGCAUGGGCACCCUCCUGGUCUCAAAAAUCCGCGAAGAGUUUCCAGACAGAAUCAUGAACACAUUCUCUGUUGUCCCAUCCCCCAAGGUAUCAGACACUGUUGUGGAGCCCUACAACGCCACACUGUCCAUCCACCAGCUUGUUGAGAACACCGAUGAAACUUACUGUAUCGACAACGAAGCUCUCUACGACAUCUGCUUCAGGACGCUGAAGCUGCAGAACCCCACCUAUGGCGAUCUCAACCAUCUCGUCUCCCUCACCAUGUCUGGCGUCACCACUUGCUUCAGGUUCCCUGGCCAGCUAAAUGCUGAUCUCAGGAAGCUGGCUGUAAACAUGGUGCCCUUCCCACGUCUUCACUUCUUCAUGCCUGGCUUUGCUCCCCUCACUGCCCGCGGCUCCCAGCAGUACCGUGCCCUCACCGUGCCCGAGCUCACCCAGCAGAUGUUUGACGCUAAGAACAUGAUGGCUGCGUGUGAUCCCCGCCACGGCCGCUACCUCACUGUCGCCGCCAUCUUCAGAGGUCGCAUGUCCAUGAAGGAGGUUGAUGAGCAGAUGUACAAUAUUCAGAACAAGAACUCUUCCUUCUUCGUGGAAUGGAUCCCCAACAACGUUAAGACUGCCGUGUGCGACAUUCCACCCAGAGGAAUCAAGAUGGCUUCCACCUUCAUCGGCAACUCCACCGCCAUCCAGGAGCUGUUCAAGCGUGUUAGCGAGCAGUUCACCGCUAUGUUCAGGAGAAAGGCUUUCCUCCAUUGGUACACGGGCGAGGGCAUGGAUGAGAUGGAGUUCACCGAGGCAGAGAGCAACAUGAAUGAUCUUGUAAGCGAGUACCAGCAGUACCAGGAGGCUUCCGCGGAAGACGAGGCCGAGUUCGAGGAGGAAGGCGAAGUGGAAGGAGAGUACGCCUAAGAUAUUCCAAAUUAUUCUUUUCUUCCUCUUCCAUCCGCUCAUCCAAAACACUAUACUGUACAUUCCUUUUUUUUUCCAUGAAACAAACGUGAACAAAACUUCGUCUUCUUUCUAUUCUUUCUACUUUAUUUAAUAGAAAUUAUGCACAA